GGCGCCGACUCCUACUCGCCCGAGGCCGCCGACGCGUUCUACGGGCGGCGGCCGCUGCUCGUGCUCGAGCGCCUGGUGUGGCUCACGCAGUCGACGUUCGCCUUCAACGUGAAGCUGCUGCUGGACUGGGCGCGGGGCUGGCCCGCGGCGUCGGAGCCGCUGCGGGCCGCCGAGUGCCUGGCGCUCUGCGAGGAGCUCGGCCCCACGUUCAUCAAGCUGGGGCAGGCGCUGUCGAUCCGGACGGACCUCGUCAACGAGGCCUACGCGCUGGAGCUGCGCAAGCUCCAGGACGCCGUGCCGCCCUUCGCCGACGCCCAGGCCAUGGAGCUGCUGCGCCGCGAGCUCGGCGUCCGCGACCUCAGCGAGGUCUUCGAGAGCCUGUCGCCGAGCCCCAUCGCGUCGGCGUCGAUCGGCCAGGUCUACCGCGGCGACCUGCGGCCGGGCGCCUACGGCGUCGCGGACGAGGGCGCCGAGGCCGGCGGCGCCGUGACGAGCGUCGCGGUCAAGGUCCAGCGGCCGGGCGUGCUCGCGGAGAUCGCCCUCGAUUUGCACAUCCUCCGGCUGCUGACGCCGCUGCAGGUCCGCGCGUCGAAUUUCGUGAACAAGGUGCCCACGGAGCAGGAGGACAUCGACACGGCCAUCGCCCUCGUCGACGAGUGGGGCCGCGGCUUCGUCAACGAGGUCGACUACGUCGCCGAGGCGCGCAACACGGAGGCCUUCUCCGCGGCGAUGCGGUCGCGGGGCCUCGGCGCCGUCGUGUCGCCGCGCGUCGUCGGCGAGCUCCUCCGGCCGAACGUGCUCGUCACCGAGUGGAUCGACGGCACGCGCCUCGACGCGUCGGCGAGCCCCGACGUGCCGCGGCUCUGCGGCGUCGCCAUCAACGCCUACCUGACCAUGCUCCUGGACACGGGCACGCUCCACUGCGACCCGCACCCCGGCAACCUGCUGCGGACGCUCGACGGCAAGCUGUGCAUCCUCGACUGGGGCAUGACGCUCGAGGUGCCGGGCGACCUGCAGUACGCGCUGCUCGAGUUCAUCGCCCACAUCAACACGGAGAACCUCGACGCCGUGCCCCGGGACUUUGUGAAUUUGGGCUUCACGCCGCCGGACAAGUUGGACGCCAUGAUGGCGCGCAUGGAGGAGCAGCUCGCGUCCGAGGGCGUCGACGUCCGCGGCGUCUCCAACGUCAUGGAGGAGAUGUCGCGCCGGAACCGCGAGCUCUUCCAGCUCCCGACCUGGGUGCUCUACGUCGUCCGCGCCUUCUCGACGCUCGAGGGCAUCGGCCUGUCCAUCGACGAGAACUACGCCAUCAUCCAGGAGUGCUACCCCUACCUCGCGCGGCGCCUCUUCACGGACGACUCGCCGCGCGCGCGCGUCGCGCUGACGGCCAUGCUCUACGGGCCCAACGCCGCGGACAUGGACGGCCUGGAC